AGUUUCAGAGAAAAGGCAACUCUUCCUCAUAUCAAGACUUAUUUAAAGUAGAUUGACACUUUAAAAAGCUAGUGUGUUAACCUCAGUGGUAUACAGUAACUGAGUCCUGCACGUAAUUACAUUUUUUACAACGAGUAUUUCCAUUUCCUUCUGCUUUUGACUUUGAAUUCGUUUUUUCUCAACUGCAUUUAUUACAUAGAAGUUUGCUGCUUCGAAGAGUAGGUUUUAGGUGCUGGGAAAGUUUAAGAUUCUAAAUCUAAGAUUGUACACAACUUUCAAAGAUGAAACAGAAAAUGUGUUAUGAACCACUAGGAAAAGAUCCUGCUUCCAUUUUCAUUUAAUUUGUUUGUUGUCGGCAGCUGGAAAAAGGCAACUGCAGUGAUAACUUUAGCCAACAUUUGAAAUGGACAUCCUAACUAUACAAAAUGAAAUGAAGACUUGUCUUUAUAAAGAUGCUGUUUAGAAGCUGUAAUUUGCAUGGCAUUCAUGUACCUUUCUUUGCAACGCUUUUCAUACCUUGCUAUGUUACUUGCUUAUCAUUUAUAGACUAUAAUUUUCAGUUUUCUCAGAAACCAAUAGACCUUGAUUAUAUCAAACACCUGACUAUUAUUCAAAUAAGUGUGGUUUCACGCUUAGCUCUACUUUAUCUUCUAAGAACUUUAAGUUCCUUUUGAGGUUUGUGACUUCCUAUUACUGUACAUGUACGCCCACUAGGCUUUCGCUGGAUGCUGAGUCACAUAGUAACAUAGCUACAGAGACCUCAUCGGACCUGCCUGAGACAUAGGAAUAGAUCACCACAGCGUGAAGACAAAGGUCCAACUUUAACAUCAGCUCAUCGAAACAUCGAGACGUUUUUCCGUCAAGAUGCACUGUCCUUACAACCAGAAGGCAAACCUCAGCCUUAUUACCCUAUCAAACCAAACGGCCAAGAUGACUUCUUUAAACAUGUUCACCAUUUCCCUCCAUGGCAUGUUCUCUUCCAUCGGCAUCAUAGAGAACAUCCUCAUCCUCGGAGUAGUGGGCUUCCAUGUCCGCCGCUCUGUCAUCAGCAUCUGGAUCCUUAACCUGGCAGCCUCCGACCUACUGGCCACCGCCUGUCUGCCCUUCUUCACCCUCUACAUGGCCCGCGGAAACACCUGGACAUUGGGCACGACCUUCUGCCGCAUCCAUUCCUCCAUAUUCUUCCUCAACAUGUUUGUCAGUGGCUUUCUGCUGGCGGCCAUUUCUAUGGACCGCUGUCUAGUGGUUCUGAGACCCGUCUGGGCGCAGAACUACAGGAACGUCCAGCUUGCGUGGAAGGUAUGUGGGGUGAUUUGGACCUUGGCUGGGCUCUUCACGGUUCCCUUUUACAUAUUCCGUGACACCGUUAACCUACAUAAUGGCAAGAUCCUAUGUUACUACAAUUACGCUCGACUCCUACCUGCUGAACCUUUUGAUCUUGGACGUUUGUGUAAUCAGCGGAAGGAGGCCUUGGCCUUUAUGAAGCUCUUUCUGUCCUUCCUGAUCCCUCUACUGAUCAUCAUCUUGAGCUAUGCUGCCGUGAACAUCGGCUUGGCGCGCAGAGGCUGCCGACGCCCUUUCCGUUUCGUUCGGCUGGUCAUUGCCGUGGUGGUUAGCUUCGUCCUCUGCUGGGCUCCAUACCACAUCUUCAUCAUCGUGGAGGUGAUGGCACCCGUUGGGCAUUCAGCGCAGGAAUUCGCAAGCAGGGCCCUCCCAAUUUCAGCAACGAUCGGCUUCCUCAACAGUGUCCUCAACCCCAUUCUGUAUGUGUUCAGUUGCCCUGACCUAUGCAGGAAGAUUAGACACUCUCUGAGCGCCGUGAUGGAGGCUGUUCUGGCUGAGGAUCUGGCAGAACAGGCCCGACGCCGCAGCACCGCUCGCAGCUCCAUCAGCACCACCGAGAUUGUGUUGAAGCCUUGUGUCUGAAAGCAGAGGAACCGGUAGAGUAGUAGAACAAUUGUGCUAAUCUGCCCAGAACCAUCUGAAAGUGUGCCUUAAACGUUCUUAUAGUUGCCCUACUUCUUUGUUUACUUUUUUGAAAGAAGCCUAUUAUGAGACAGGCCUUUAUUUGUUGUUGUUUGUGUGCUAUAGUUUGAAAUUCCUCUUGAUGCCGUUUCUUAUACUUGUUAAUUGUUAAUAGUCGUCAGCACAACAAAAGACUCCUUGUUACUCACCAAUCUUCAGGCUGGAAACACAGUCGAAAUACAGUCGAUGCUUAAAUACCAAACUUCCAUCUGACUAGCUUCUUUUUGAGUCAAAGUCAAACUACAGUCAGUGAAACUCAAUACUUUUGCACAAAUGUCUCAACGAAAACAUAUCUAGAAACUGUUUUUUUUUUAGCUAGCCUUGUAGAUUGUCAGGCAGGUUUCAUUUGAACACAAAUAGUGACAUUUAUUCAAAAGUCAUUACAAUUUCAUGGAAUUAAAUGAAAUGAAUACUUAAUAAAAACCCUACAUAGAUAAGAGAAUAUUACUAGAUCAUUAUUCAAUUGAAAUGUAUUUAGAAAUGCUUCCAAUUGACCUGGAAGCUUAGUUGGUAUAAAUGCUCCUGCUCCUGGCAUGCUUUAAAUAAAUACAAAAUAAGCAUAAAGUGCAACAAUUCAUUGAUUAAAAAGGUAUUUCAAAUAUCAUUAUUUUUGAAAGGUAGAGUAAAAUCCACUGGGCUGUUGUUGUUGUUCUGAUGGAGUAAGUGAUGUUGCAAUGUAUAUUAUAAUAAAUGUUACAUGAGCUUUUACAUUGGAAAUCGUUCAUCCCUCCUCAAUAUUUUCGACACAUGUUUGGUAGCUUUAUUUGUAUCUGAUGGCAACAUACACUGCUAUAAUUAUCCAUUCAUGAAUUCCGGCUUUUUUUUGUAAAUUGCAUGGUCCUUCCAAUGUGUCGAGGAUUUGUUCACAUUUUUUUUCCAAUCUGACUGAUUUGUAUUCUACAGAGAGCAGAAGGAUGUAUUAAUCAUUACUCUACAGUCAGUACUGAAUACUUACACCUAUGCUUAUAGUGCAUUUCAUCACCUCCACAGUGACAUAACGCUUUCUGAAUGAUUUUCUUAUUUUGACUUGAAUGCUUGCUAAAUGUUCUCUUUACUUAUCACUUUGUAAAAACUGUUAGUACUACAAGUCACAGAUACAUGCGAUGUUUCCUGCUAGAUGUAAUAACUAUCUGCAGGAACUGACACAAGCAACAUUCUAGAGUUAGAUUAUGCUCUUCUUUUUUUCAUAAAUUUGCAAAUUAAGCUUGUAAUAAGGGAAAUAUGUCCAUUAUAGUAUUCUGCACGUGUGAUUCCUUUGUUUUAAUGCUGUGAAAUGUAUAAACAUAAAUAAAAAAAGAGAAAAUACCGAUUUUGCAAUGAUAUACCCGCAGCCAUGCUCGUGUUUCCGUAGCGGUUUGAAAUAAGUGAGCGUAAACAAGUGACAAAGCAUGAAUAUUUAUUUGUUGUUUAAAUGAGAUUAAAACCUUUGUGAAGUGCCAGCAUUGGUCUAUUUCCAUGAACUAGCUAAAAAACAAAUGUUGUAAAUAAAUGAAUCAACUGUAUUGUCUCUGGCUUUAUGUGGUGACAAUGGGUGUGGAAAAUCUGAGAAGUCUGGAUUUGAAACGGAAAACUGAACUGAGCAAAUUGGGGUUCCAACACUCUAAAGGCUAAUGUAAAAAGGCAAAAUAAAAAAGUGAAAACAAAGUGACCAUGCAUUUCCACUGGGUGGCACACUUGCUUUGAGUAAGCUUUACAGUCAAAUCCAAAUUAAACUCCUCCUAGAAGAUUA